AUGGUCGCUACACGUCUCGCUAUCUGGGCUGUUGCCGCAGCAAGCAUCUUCUCUGGUGUUAUUGCUACCCCCGUUCGCCGAGAUGUCGAAAGACUCGACGCGAGAGCCGUUGUGACUGUCGUUACAGUCCACAAACCAGUUGUUAAAGUCUUCGUGGUCCUCGAUCAGAACGGGAAUACUGUCAGGACAGGCUAUUCUACCAUCAACCCUGAUGCCACACCCGCCCCAUCUCCAGUUAGGGCGGGAAGGAAGAAGAAUUACAGCACAAAAACCCUUGAAGAGGCCGUCGAAACACCGGCACCAUCUAAAGAGUCUCCCAAAGAGUCCCCUAAGUCUAACACCGGCAAGGUCGGAAAGCAUAGCAAGUCCCCGUCGAAGGCGGCUAAAGAUGGCAAGCUCGGAAAGGGGAUCGUCUACUCCGUCUACCACGACAGCGGAAAGUGCAAGGAUAGGGACACCACUCGAAGUGAAAUCAAGAAGGUCCUUGAUAGCGGAAAUGGGUACAACUGGAUCCGUAUCUACGGAACUGACUGUGACCAGGUUGCCAAUGUCAUGGGCGCUGCUUAUGAUGGCGGUGUAAAGGUUAUGCUCGGAAUCUACAACCUGAACGAUGAUGCCGGCUUUCAGAAAGAACUCGAUGCCCUCAUCGCCGGUGUCAAGGCAGCCAACAAAGAAUACAAAAAAGAAGAGAAUGAUUGGUCUGGUGUUGCUUUCGUCUCUGUUGGAAAUGAAGUCGUCAACAACAAUGCCGGAGAUGCCGAAGCUUGGGUUUCUAAGUCCCUCAAAUACGCUGCUCUCACCCGAUCUGCUCUCAAGGACGUCGGUUACACUGGUGAUGUUGGCAAUACUGAUGUUUGGUUCUGGUACAAGAAGUUCCCAGCCCUCUGCGGCGAGGACAAGCUCGUCAUGCUUAACCUUCACCCAUUCUUCGACCAAAACUGCGAUGUUGCUUCCUCCGGAACUUUCAUGAAGGACAAGCUUGCCGAAAUCCAAGAGGCUUGCGGAUCCAACCACAAAGUCAUCAUCGCUGAGACUGGUUGGCCCAAUGCCGGAAACAAACUUAACAAGGCUGUUCCCGGAAAGGCCGAGCAAGCCGAGUUCCUCAAGCUUGCCGCAGAAAACCUCGAUGACUACGUUUUGCUCUCCGCUUACGAUGAGGCCUGGAAGACCGAGAACUCAUCUGCUGAGGUUGAGAAGCACUGGGGUAUUCUCGGAACCUCCCCAAGCAACUAA